AUGCCAGUCGCAGAUACUUCUGCUGCGGAAAUGCGAGUCGCGGAUGCUUCUGCGGAAACGAUAGCAGCAGCAGGGGAGCCUGCGCAAGCCGUGGAGAUCGGGGAACCCCGUCACGCGGCGGAAAUUGACGAAUCCCCCCGAUUAACGGAAGCGGCCACUCCGCUACUCGUGGUAGCAUUGGGGGAAGCAUCGGCAGAAGCAUCGGCGGAAGCAUCGACGGAAGCACCGGCGACUGAGUUACCGCCGGGGACUGACAGACUUCAAGGUCAAAGUAGUAACGUUGGCUAUAUAGAUCAAGCUGGUAACUCUGGCGACCGAAAUGAAGGGAGUAACCUUGGCGACGAUUACGGCCUAGGUCCAGCUCAGCCUGAUACCACUGCACCUAGUACCAGUGCUAGUAACGCCGCGAUUCUCGCUCCGAAAGGGCCAAUCACAGACGCGCGCAAUGGCCAAGACGCGGCGAACACGUCAGCGCGACACCGCGAGCUGGUAGACGCCACAGGGCAGCUGCUAUUCCUUGCGAGCCGCGGCAUAAUUGAGGGGGUUAUAGACCUAUUGGAUCGCGGCGUGAGUCCGGAUUUGGCGGAUUAUGACGGGCGAACGGCGCUGCAUCUGGCGGCGAGCGAGGGGAAGGUGGAUGUGGUGCGGGUGCUGCUUGAGCGAGGCGCGGAUGUGAACCCCAAGGACCGCCACGGCAACACGCCCUUGGCAGACGCGCAGUCGUACGGAUCCGGAGAGAUCUGCCGCCUGCUCAAGGAGAAAGGGGGCAUUCUCUGUGAGGGCAGCGUAAGCGGAAAAGGGGAGUUUGGCAGGGAUGGUGGGGAUGGUGGUGGGGUGGUGGGAUGGUGGGGAUGGCGGGAUGGUGGGGAUGGUGGGGUGGCGGGGUGGUGGGAUGGUGGGAUGACAUCUCUUCUACCAUUCCCCUCUCUCCCCCUCCCUCCCCCCCCUCGCCUCCCGUACCCCCACACCACCCUUUUCCGUCCUCCGGCGUUCCUCUUAUCGCCCCUGCCUGCAUCUCUCAUUGAAUGCUCCAGUGCGCGCAUACGCAAUGCAGGGGCGAGCUCGUUCAACCAGCACGACUACGAGAUCGAUGGCAGUGAGAUCGACCUGGGCACGUCCAAGGUCAUUGGCGAGGUGCGUAGGAGGGAGGGGAGGGUGGGAGGUGGGGUGUAUGGGGGUGUGAGCUUGAGGAAAAGGCGGGGGUGUGGGGGGGGAGGCAUGGGGGGCACUUGUGUCAGGUGCGUAGGGGGAGGGGGAGGGGAUGGGCGAGGUGCGCAGGGGGACUGGGUGGGAGGAGGGUGGUGGGGGGUGAGCAGGGUGAAGGGAGGGUGUGAGCAAUGCGAGGUGGGGUUGGGAAGGGGCGAGGUGAGAAGGGGGGAGGGGGGAUCGUUCGGGGAGGUGCGCCUGGCGAGUUGGAGGGGCACGCCCAUCGCUGUGAAGGUGCUGAGAGAUGAAUACGCUGCCGACCCUGCCGCCCUCAACGAGUUCAGGCAGGAGCUGCGCAUCCUGCAGUCGCUGCGCCACCCCAACAUCGUGCAGUUCCUGGGAGCCGUUACCAAGUCCCGCCCGCGCAUGAUCGUCACCGAGUACCUCAAGGUGAAUCUGAGGGACGUCAUUCGCAAGAAGGGCGCGCUGCCAGCGCACGAAGCAAUGCGCUACGCCCUUGACGUUGCCAGGGGCAUGUGCUAUCUGCAUGCCCACCGGCCAGACCCUCAAAGCAACCUCUUGCGGGAUGACUCAGGGCAUCGCAAGGUGGCGGUUUUCAGUCUCUCCUUGGCCUCCCUUCCCCCUAUUCAGUCUCUCCUUGGCCUCCCUUCCCCCUAUUCCUCCCGUUUCCUUGUCUCUUUCCUCCUUUGCCCAUCUCCCUUUCCUCCUUUCCCCCCACACGAGCAGCAACCUCUUGCGGGACGACUCAGGCCAUCUCAAGGCCUCUAUUCUGCACCCGAGUUGUUGGCACAGCAGGAGUAUGACAAGAGUGUGGAUGUGUACUCGUUUGGAGUUAUUCUGUUUGAGUUGCUACCCGGUGGGACCAACCAUGGGGGCAAUCUUUUCCCACUGGCACUUAGCAGCAGCGGCCACAGCAACUCGGAGGGGGGGGCGGAGGAGGGGGCAGGGGGAAGCCACCACAGCGGAGGAGGGAGUUACCAUGGGGGGGGGAGCUUAAGGGGUGGGGGGUUGUUUAAGGGGGGGAGUGCGGGGGAGAGAAGCAAGGAGGCUUCUGCCAGUGGUGGGGCUACUGCUGCUGCUGAUGGUUCUGUUGGUGCUGCUGGUGGUGCUGCUGAUGGGAGAGGGAGUGAGGGAGAGGCAGCAGCAGAAGCAGCAAGGCCGGCUGACAUUGCUCCUCCUGUCUUCACCAGACGAACAUACCCCAUGGGGAUGAAGGAGCUAAUAACAGACUGCAGGAGUGGAGAUCCAGCAUGUGGCAGCAAUGGGUGUAGCAUUGUUAGUGUGGCAGCAAUUGGUGUAGUGUAG